AUGCGGCCCACAAACGCGCUUAAAAACUCAAAUAAACGGGCGAGGAGCCAGGCUCGACCGCUGAGCCAACAGCGAGGAGGCUUUUUUCCCCCCGGGCCCUUCAACCCACCGCCAAAGAGCGCCGCGGCAGCACCGCCGGUGCCUUGUUUGCUGACCACCUUUGCGGCACAAAAAGCGCGCCAGUUUUCGCCCUUUUGUGUGCUCGGACCGGUGCACGCACGGGCGGGAAUCGCCUGCGCGGUGCGGCUCGGCUCGAUGGCGGCCGCGAGCGUUUUGUGGGAUCGCACCGCGCGAUUGUGGCCCUUAAGGGAGGCCUGGUGUAUUUACUUUGUUGUUAGGACGGUCUCUCAACGCUUUAUAAGCCGUGAAGGGACGGACAAUGCUCUGCUCGGGUGCGUUGUCUUC